CUCCUUGAUUCAAAUACCAGGAACAACUCAGCCAGCACAAAGCGGAGCUUUGGGGGGCAAAAAAAAAAAAAAAUCACCCCCCCAUCGGCGCGCUCGCGAACACACACACACGCACGUGAGAUCCUAAAGAUCCUCGGCAUGGGAAAGCAGGAGAAGAAAGCCCAGCACGGCACGUCCCCGAGUAACCAGACAGGGAAGGCAGCCGAAGGGGAGAAAAGCACCGACUCGAGCAAGACGCAGGAGCCGGCGAUGAAGAAGAAGAAGCAGAAGAAAGCCAAGGGGGAUCCCAAAGCUGGCCAGGAGGAGGAAUCCCACACUUGUUGUGGCUGCCGUUUCCCGCUGCUGUUUGCUUUGUUGCAGUUGGCACUAGGCACCUCUGUAACAGUGCUGGGCUUCCUUAUGGCAGGCAUCAGCUCUUCUCUGCUAGUCAGAGACACUCCAUAUUGGGCUGGGAUAAUUGUCUGUCUGGUGUCCCUAGUGGGAUUUCUUAUGCUUUGUAUUUCGUACCAACCCGAUGAGAAGACAUGUGUGCAGUUCACAGUAAAGCUGAUGUAUUUUCUCCUGAGUGCCCUGGGGCUGGUUGCCUGUGUUUUGGCGGUGGCUUUUGCCACACACCACUAUCUGCAGAUGACAAAAUUUACCUGCGACACCGUCCUCGAGUCCUGCCAGUGCAAACUGGACACUGUGGAUCCCCUGGGUAGGACCUUCACCUACCAGGAUGCAGUUGACUGUGGCAGCCUUACCAGCAUGCUCAACCUGUACCUGCUCCUGCAGAUGGCCCUCAACCUGGUGGCAGCCCUGGUGUGCCUCCUGACGUGCUUCGUGAUGUGGAAACAUAGAUACCAGGUCUUCUACGUGGGCGUUCGCUUCCACCCUCUGACUGCUGCUGCUGAAGGCCAGAAGCAGCAAGUGUAGGGUCUGGGCUGGCAGGGGGUUGUGACCAGGGAAUGGGAGAUGUCCAUGUGCUGCCAUCAUGGACAUUGCGGAUGGAUGAGUGUUUGUAAGGCUCCUGACAAGGAAAAACCUUCACGCGGUUUUAAUCAAUAUAUUUUUCAAUCAUUUUAAGAGCAUUUCACACUGCUGCUCUGGCAAAAAGGUCUCUUGUGAGAUUAUGUGAGGUCACGAAGUCCUAAAGAUGCAGCUGUACAAAUAAUCACCAAAGAGGAUCUUUAAUAGCCAUAGAUAAAAUCAUUAGGAACUCAUCUGCAGAGCUACAGCCAUUACAAAAUAGGGUCCAUUUCCCUCUUGCCUUCAGAGAAGCUACACCAAUUUCCACCAGAUAAGGAUCUGAUCCAAACUGCUUAAUUAUAACUAUGCUGAUCAUGCUUAGGGAAUAUAUCACAUCUUGAUGCUCCGGGUGUAAUCCACACUAAUGUGAUGGGAAUUUAGCAUUCAGAAAUGUAAUAAGGGAGGUCAAGACCUCUUCAAAUGCAGGUUGAAACCAACAGGAAAGUGAAUAUAUUGAUGGCUGCCGUAUAAAAUAUACAUAAGACUUUUCAGAGUGACUAAUUUUAUAGGUCACCUAACCCAGUUACUAAUAAACAACAAUAUGGGUGAAUUGACUAAUGGUGAUUGGGUGGGCCCUGCUUGAGACCCCAGAUAGAUUCCUGAAGUUUGGGAGGAAAGAUCAGUUUAAGGAACCUUGAGUUGCACUCCUAAAUUGGAGGACCCCAAAUCACUAAUCAUGUUGAAAAUUACGUUGACCUUGAUGUAAUGGCAGGCUCACAAACCCGGAUUUUAGCCAGUUCCACCAAUUAUACUCCAAGCACAAAAGGCCAAAUGCAUUUUUGGUGUGACUCCUCUGAAGACAAUCAGCCUUACACACCAGCAGUGGAGUUGGGCCAACAGCCCUGAGAGACAUAUUCCUGCAACAAUGAAUGUUUUUAAAAUGGGGUGGAGGGAGGGAAGCAAGAAGAGACUGCCAGUCUCCCAAAGACAUCGUCUAUAAUCAUGAGGGCAAAAGAAUAAUGAUUUCUUAAUUACUAUAGAAAAACAAAGCACCUUGAAACAGUGCUUUUUCACCCUGAAAGUGCAGCUCUAGAAGUGCUUUACUUCUUAUUAGCCUUAUACCAAGAUGACUAUAUUGGUUUGUCCCUUGAACUGUCAUUUCCACUUGCACAGCAUGGACGUCUAAUUUAGGAGCAAUUCUGAAUUGGCAGCAUUUUGCACUGCCUGCUGAUAUAUGUUCAUGCAAGAGCAAGACAGCUGGUGCUCACAUCCUGCCAUGAUUAGGGAUUUCCCAAUCCUGGCUGGAGCAAGGCUAUCUCUGAGGUGGGGUGGAGCAAUCACACGCCAGAAAAACUGUGCCAUAAUCAUUAGCAAGGAGAAAGAAAAUGAAAAUUAUAUAAAAUUUCAAAGGAGAAAAAAACUUUCUGUUUCUGCAGCAAAAAUAGCCAUCAGGAAGUCGAAAAUCCAGUUGUCUGGCAAAACCUAUUUGUCUAAGGAGCUCUAAUCCUACCCAAAAACUCUCUUCCAUACGGUGAUCACACAUCAUCCCAGGGAUAGACCACCAUACAUCCAGGGGCAGAAGAUCACAGUGUAAAGUCUCACCUGGAACACUGUUGGAUGUGUGGGCUCUAGUUUUUGUCAUGGAAAGUGCUUCUAGAAUAGACACAUCAUCACCAAGGUGCUCUCUGCCAGCCUCAAAGCCAGGAGCUUCAGAAGAUGAAGGUUUCUGAGAUCAGCUUCCAAAUGCUCUUUUUUUUAUGUGCCUAAAAGUAACAAUCACUCAUAAGCCUGACUGCAGGGCACGUUUGCAAGGGUGCCUGCACAUUGCCACCCAUCUGAAGUCCUCAGCCUGACUCCCAGGCAUGCUCAGGGCAAGCAGUGGAGCCUGCAGGUGGGUUGGUGAUGCAAGACUCGUGUGCCAGCAUCGGUGGGGUCAUCCACGUGGGAUAUCACAGGAACCAGCCCAUCUACCACAGCUCUGGUGGGACGUGCUGCCAGCACAGCCCUUGUGGACCUGUGCCAGGACCAACCUCCUGUAUGAGAUGGGUACAUAGGGCAGGCUCUCACCUGCUGCUUGUACUCGGGUGUUGGUUUGUCCCCCAUCCCUCACACGACUCCAGCCUUGCUCUCUGUGGAAGUGUAGGGCAGAGGAUAUACCUUCCCACCUACCAACCCUUGGUGCACCUGCCUCUCCCUCCAGCCAAAGAUGUGGGUGCUUCUCAUCCCAAAGAAGAUAACAAGAAAGGGAUCAAAGGGAGGCUGAAUGACAGCUGAGCUUUGGGGCUCCCUCCCCCCCUCACCACUGUGCACUCUGCCCCGGCAUCUGGCAAAGCAAGGGAAAGGCUCUGCUGGCAGAGCAGGGCGUGCUUCCCACCCUUGCCCAUCCCAAAUGUGCCUUAUGUUCACAACACAGCUUGGUGUGCAGCACUGUAGCUGAGGCUGUGCUCAGUGCAGGCUGGCAGCCCAAGCUGUUGUUGCAGACGGCUGGUCAGCCCUGGCCCAGUGGCAUUUCCACCAGAGCCGGCCUUUUGUCCCCUUAAU